AUGCACAGAAUCGGGAUUAAAGUACACAUUGUGAAGCAGUACGAACAACUCUCUCCGUCUUUGAAGAGGAUCAAGCGGAAGCUGAAUUUAUCCCACUAUAGCUCUUCGGGAAAAUCCACUACUUCUAGUGCACGUUCGAAAAAAGAGUUCCCCUUGAGUGCUCUAGAAGGAACGGACGACGUUUUACCUAAUCCUCGUGCCGGUUAUUCGGGCUUUGUUUUGAUUGUGAUCGACACGAGUGUGGGCCUCAAAAAGAAGCCGUUGCUGGGGAGGAAAGUACUCGUGGCGGACGAUGAUCCAAUCGGUCGAACGAUUGCUACUUUCGUGGGUGUGCAACUUGGUGCAAGUAUAUUUCCGUGUGAAAACGGAGAAGAAGCUUGGAAACUAUUCUGCAAGAGUCUAGAUGAAGGAAAUCAUGUUGGAGCUUCGAAGACUUUACUCGAUUGUAUACUAAUGGACUGUGAGAUGUCGGUGAUGAAUGGAGUCGAAGAAACGGCAAGAAUCAGAAAAGCAGAGGAAAGUUACGGUGUUCGUAUACUAAUCAUCGCACUAACUGCACACAAGAAGGGGCAAGAGAUCGAUAAUAUUUUUUGUUUUAUAACAUGA